GAGAGCAGUGGGGACAGAGCCGGGAGGGGAAUUGUCCGCCAGAGCGCACUCAUCCUGUUGGGUGAAGGAAGAAAAAAAAAACGCAAUGGUGUGUGUUCAUGUUGAGGUCUCUGCUGACGUGUUUAAAUCUCCGUAGCCGUGCGUAGUGCUGCCAUUCUCGCUCACACGUCUCGGUGUGCAGGCAGUGGACGCGGUGUGGUGCGGUGUGCGGUGUUGUGCGGUGCGGUGCGGUGCGGUGUUGUGCGGUACGGAGCGCGCGCGUUCGCGCCUGCGUUCCCAGCGUGCGUUUUGACGCGCUUACGGCCGCGUUGUUAAAGUGAAGCCGCGGAUGCUCAGUGGGAUAUAUAUUCGGAAUUCGGCUCGUUUUCGCAAAUGCAAAAGGAAACAUGGAGCCAAGCCUGGCUUUACUGCUCACCAGCUUGCUCGGCUGGUGCUCGUGCUCGAGUUUUCCAAGUAACAUUAAUAUAGGCGGUUUGUUCCCAACCGACUCGCAUGAGUACGAGGUGUUUCGGUUCGCGCUGUCUCAGCAGCACGAGCUCCCCAAACUGGUGCCACAAGUGGACAUGGUGGACGUUGGCAGCAGUUUCGCCAUGACAUACGCAUUUUGUUCCCAAUUCUCUAAAGGAGUCUACGCCAUCAUCGGUCUCUAUGACAAGAAGACCAUGAACAUGUUGAUGUCAUUCUGUGGGGCUCUGCAUGUGUGCUUUGUCACACCCAGCUUCCCAAUCGACACCAACAAUCAGUUUGUAAUCCAGCUCAGGCCUCAGCUCCAGGAUGCUCUGGUUGGCCUUGUGGAACACUACAAGUGGACCAAAUUUGUCUACAUGUAUAGCUCGGAUUCAGGACUGACUGUGCUACAGAAGAUCCUGGAUACAGCUGCAGAAAAGGGCUGGCAAGUGACAUCCAUCAACUUUGAUACUCUUACAGAGGCAGCCUUUUUAAACUCAAUCCAGGACUUGGACAGCAAAAAAGAGCACAAGAUCAUCCUGGACUGCGCUGAGAGACUUAACUCCAUUCUUAACCUGAUUGCAGCGCAAAGAAAAAAUCUGAAGAAUUAUCACUUUAUCCUGGCAAACCUGGGCUUUCUGGACCUGAAUUUGACGGAUUUCAGGAAAGGUGGUGCCAACAUCACAGGCUUCCAACUAAUGAACUACACAGACCCCAUGGUUAGCCGGACCAUAGAUGACUGGCUGGAGUUUGACAGCAAAGACCUGAAGAGCCCUAAGAGGAGACUCAAGUACACAGGGGCACUCACUUACGAUGGCGUAAGCGUCAUGGCCACUGCUUUCCAAAACCUCAGGAGGCAGCGUAUCGACAUUUCCCGGCGGGGGAAUGCCGGCGAAUGUCUGGCCAACCCUCCAGCACCGUGGGGCCAAGGCAUCGACAUUCAGAGAGCCCUCCAACAGGUGCAGUUUGAAGGUCUAACAGGCCACGUGCAGUUCAACGAGAAAGGACAUCGGACAAACUUUACAGUAAACGUAAUGGAGAUCGUCCCCACUGGACCUAAGAAGGUGGGCUACUGGAACGAAAACGAGAAGUACGUGAGCACGGCAACGUACGCCCACGUGCUCAACGAGACGUUCGGCAUGCACAAUAGGACAUACAUAGUCACCACCAUUCUAGAAUCUCCAUAUGUGAUGCUGAAGAAAAAUCACGAGCAGCUGGUGGGGAACGAUAAGUACGAGGGGUACUGCGUGGAGCUGGCCGCUGAGAUCGCCAAGCAUGUCGGCUACUCCUACAAGCUGGAACUUGUACACGACGGCAAGUACGGUGCCCGGGACCCUGAUACCAAAAUGUGGAACGGGAUGGUCGGAGAGCUGGUGUAUGGGAAAGCCGAUGUUGCCGUGGCUCCGCUCACCAUCACUCUGGUCCGAGAAGAGGUCAUCGACUUCUCCAAGCCCUUCAUGAGCUUGGGCAUCUCUAUCAUGAUCAAGAAGCCCACCAAAUCCAAACCGGGUGUCUUUUCCUUCCUGGACCCGCUUGCCUACGAAAUCUGGAUGUGUAUAGUGUUUGCAUACAUCGGCGUGAGCGUGGUCCUGUUCCUGGUGAGCCGCUUCAGCCCGUACGAGUGGCACAGCGACGACUACGAGGACUGUGGCGAGCAGCAGAGCCAGAACCGGUCUCCGUCUCCAGAAGCAGGACAGUCGCAGUCACAGGGUCAGCACGGACAGAACCCCGGCCAACAGGACAAGCAGGAGAAACCACCCGAGCACAGCAACGAGUUCGGCAUCUUUAACAGCCUGUGGUUCUCUCUGGGUGCCUUCAUGCAGCAAGGCUGUGAUAUUUCACCCAGAUCCCUCUCAGGUCGUAUAGUUGGAGGUGUCUGGUGGUUCUUCACCCUCAUCAUCAUCUCCUCCUACACAGCCAACCUGGCUGCCUUUCUUACUGUAGAGAGAAUGGUGUCACCCAUUGAGAGCGCAGAAGACCUGGCCAAGCAGACUGACAUUGCGUACGGCACCUUGGAUGGAGGAUCCACCAAAGAGUUCUUCAUGAGAUCAAAGAUAGCCGUGUUUGAGAAGAUGUGGUCCUACAUGAAGUUUGCAGAUCCCUCAGUGUUUGUAAAGACCACCGAUGAGGGUGUGGUGAGAGUGCGCAAAUCCAAAUACGCUUAUUUGCUCGAAUCCACCAUGAAUGAAUACAUCGAACAGCGCAAACCCUGCGACACCAUGAAGGUGGGCGGAAACCUGGACUCCAAGGGGUAUGGGGUCGCCACUCCUAAAGGAUCUGACCUCAGAAACCGAGUAAACCUGGCAGUGUUAAAACUGAACGAGCAGGGCCUGUUGGACAAAUUGAAAAACAAAUGGUGGUACGACAAGGGCGAGUGCGGCAGCGGGGGAGGUGAUUCCAAGGAUAAGACCAGUGCCCUGAGCCUCAGUAAUGUGGCAGGGGUUUUCUACAUCCUGAUCGGAGGCCUGGGGCUGGCCAUGCUGGUGGCAUUGGUCGAGUUCUGUUACAAGUCCAGAAUCCAGUCCCGGAGAAUGAAGCAAAUUAUCGACGCGGCGAUGUUGGGUUCCAGCCUGAGCCACAUGGGCAGCGGAGGGGAGAACGGCCGGGUGGUGGCACACGAUUUUCCCAAAGCGGCACAGACUCUGCCCUGCAUGGGCCAAGCGUCGGGCAUGGGCAUCAACACCAGCGGUAUGUAAACAGGCCUGUCGUACUAAUGGACGGAACCAAAAAAUAAAUAAAAAACAAGAUAUGAGGAAGACGCAUACAAAUAGAUAUGAACUUCAGCCAAAAGGACUUACUCAUUUCACACUCUGGACUCAAAUUGAGAAAACAGAAGAGGCAGAAAUCCUUUUUCUAACAGACGUUCGCUGAGUUUUUUUUGCUUAACUGGUGCAAUAAGGAGCCUGAAUGGGAGUUUUUGUACGGAUCGGUGUUUUUCGAAACUAUAAAGCCGAGGCUCGAAAAAAUAGUGACACUUGCACUAUGAAUAUGACUGUGUACUUCGUUUGGUCUUGUUUGACUCGUCUGUGUCUUCAUGACGACGAACCUGUUAUUUUGUUUCUUGUUUACCUGCUUGUGUAUAUCCCCCCAACACACACACACAGACACACACACACAAACCUGGUCCACAUGCUGUCAUUCAAGCGCUAAUGAAAUAUGAUGCAUUUGUUUUUCUCAUCACACUCAUUAAAGUCACCGGCCGAGCCUCCUCCUCCUCCGAAAGCGUCCCAAUAAGCUUCCUCCUGAAGAACCCUGGAGCUGAUGGUUUGCACUUGUCAUAUCCUGCGCGCUUGUCUCCUUCUGCCCUAGUGUACAUGAUGAAUCACCUGCUCGCAGUCUCUGAGUUGUGAUUAGAUCUCAGAGAAAGAGCAAUCUAGCGAGUGUGUGAAAGAGAGUGGGAGAGACAGAGCCCGACAAAAGUUAAGACAAAAGGAAGGAGGAAAAAAAAAAACAAGAAUAUACACACAAUAUAUUAAAAAGAAAGCAUUUGAUUUUGCGUUCUUUUCAUCCUGUGCAGUCUUCCACGUGCUGUUUACAUUUGUUCAUGCGUGAGCGAAGACCCGGGGUGCGUGGUAAGCUUUCGGAACGAAACUUACUGAGAACGAUAAAGGUAAUAAGUUGUACACUGUUGAUGCAAUACUUCGAAAACCCGCAUUAGGAAAUACCACCUCGAGCAACACUGGUAAUCGUGAUUGAUGUGCGGAAAGCAAGAAAGAAGCUCCAUCCCACAAGUUGUGCUCAGAAAUGUUCGAAAUAUAACCGGACACCAGGACCAUUAGUAGCGUUCCCAGUCCUGUAUUGUUCAAAAACCAAGCCGAAUGCAUGACAACGAAUGGUUUUUAGGAAGAGCUAUCCAUUUCAGUAAUAUUUCUCCGAACUGAGAAUGUUCCAUGGUUCUCUGGAGUUUAAGAAUUUUGACCCUGAUGAAUUAAAACCUUGGUGUUUUUUCAGACCAAACCAUGCUAGUCAGAGAAGCGCUCCCCAAUGCAUUGUACCCCUGAACACAAGAAGAGCAGACCGCCAUUGUAAAGCACAAGAGAACAUUUUGCACAGCAGCAAGGUCACAUCACCUCUUCAGCUAAGCGUAUUUGUUCGGGGCUUGCGCAUCGGCAACCUUCUGUCUUUUUCCUCAAUAAACUCUACAGCACACUGUAUCCACACCGCAGUGGAAGCGGAGUGACUUCAAUACGUGUAGAAUAGAUCUUUUUAUUUUAUAAGCUGAUUUUUUUGAAAAAAAAAAAGAAAAAGAAAGAAACAUAUAAAUAUACACAUUUCCACUACCAAGAUAAAAAAAAAAGAAUAUGAUGUCGUACAUUUGUGGUGGUUCGAUAGACUUGUUUGAAUUUUUUUUCUUUUGCUCCUGUGUUUAUGGUGCGAUUUCCCCCCCCCUUCCCCCCUCCCCUGUGUAUAUCGUUUCAUGACUUUUGUUUCGUUUUGUUUUUUGACUCUGUAAUUUUUCUUUCGGAAACUCUUUUUCAGGGCUGUCUUGUAACUUUUUACACACGUCAGUGUUACAGAAAAAAAAAACCUUUCGCAAACCACGCAGGUGAGUCUGAAAACAUGGGAAAAUAUGUUGACACGUGUUGCUGAGAAAUAAACUUUUCUAAGCACAA